CGGAGGCAGGGCCGGGAGGGCGGCAGAAGAUGGCGAGGGUGUGUAGGCGGCAGCAAUGCUCCGCUGAGAGACGCGGCUUUCGGCAAGAACUGGACUCGUGGCGCCACAAGCUCAUUCACUGUGUAGGUCCCGUUUCCCUCUGUGCGGCGGCCGGCGGGACCAUAAGGGCUUAACUCAUAUAUUUAACCCCCCUCCAAAAAGGUUUGAAAGUAUUCUUGAAGGGCUGUUUGGACCUGCAUUAUUAAAAGAUCUCAGUUUAUUUAAAGACUGUGAACCUGAAAGCAUUUCUGAUUGGACUUUCGAUGAAAAUUGUCUGUUCUGUUGCUUGAGAAGAGAUAAAGUAAAGGGACACUUAGUCGGUCUGGAUGAACCAGCUUCGGGAGCUGGGCAGGAAGCUGUGCUUAAGCAAGCAAAAAUCAUUCGAUUCGAGAGACAAGCAGAAGAGUUCCUCAAUGCAGUCUUUUAUAGAAAAGACAGUCCCUGGGUCUCCGACCCCAAUAUUCCCCUAGUGGCCCGUGAGAUCAUGCAGCGAAUGAUCCAACAAUUUGCUGCUGAAUAUACCUCAAAAAAUAGCUCUACUCAGGACCCCAGCCAGCCCAAUAGCACAAAGAACCAAAGCCUGCCGAAAGCAUCUCCAGUCACCACCUCUCCCACGGCUGCAACUACUCAGAACCCUGUGCUCAGCAAACUUCUCAUGGCUGACCAAGACUCACCUCUGGACCUUACUGUCAGAAAGUCUCAGUCAGAACCUAGCGAACAAGACGGUGUACUUGAUCUGUCCACUAAGAAAAGUCCAUGUGCUGGCAGCACUUCCCUGAGCCAUUCUCCAGGCUGCUCCAGUACACAAGGGAACGGUGAGAACUCAACAGAGGCAAUAGCAGUAGAUUCUAACAAUCAGUCGAAGUCCCCCCUGGAGAAGUUUAUGGUCAAACUGUGCACUCAUCAUCAGAAGCAGUUCAUUCGUGUUCUGAACGAUCUGUACACUGAAUCUCAGCCGGGCACCGAGGACCUGCGACCUUCCGACUCUGGAGCAAUGGAUGCAUCCACUUGCAAUGCUGGUUGCGCCCAGCUAGGCACCAAACAUAAGGAAAAUGAUGCUUUGUGUCUCGAUAUGAAGUCUCCUCCUUCUGCAGACUUGACACUAGGCUCAUCAGGCUCUCACAGCCCUCUGUGCUUGGCAGAAAAGGCCAUGAAGGAGUCUCCUCCCGAGACAAACUCUGUAGAUGGAAGAGAGAAUGCCUUGACUGUUGUCCAGAAAGAUUCCUCUGAACUUCCAACCACUAAACCUAAUUCUGGGAGUUCAGUGGAUAGUGUCACUCCGGGAUACCUCAGUACAUCUAACUCUUCCUUGUUCAACUUCCAUCACAUCUCCAAGAGCUUGGAGGGGCAAACCACUGGACAGGAGCAAGACACAAGUGUGAAAAUGCGUGAGGAUGGCAAAGACCAUGUGCAGAGUUCAGCUUUAGUAGAAAGUCUAAUUGCAGGAAAAAUGGCAGCUGAGAAUAAUGAGGAGAACAGCAGCUGUGUUGUUUCUCAAAGAAAUUCAUUCAAAGCUUUAUCAGAAGAGGCUUGGGACUCAGGGUUUAUGGGGAAUUCAUCUAGAACUGCUGACAAAGAGAAUACUUUACAGUGUAGUUCAAAAACACUUUUGCGCCAGGACUUAGAGGCAAGUGAACAAGAUUCAAGGCCAAAGCAAGAGAACCAUCUUCACUCACUAGGAAGAAAUAAGGUGGGGUACCAUUUGCAUCCCAGUGAUAAGGGCCAGUUUGAUCAUUCCAAAGAUGGUCGGUUAGCUCCCAGCCCCAUGCCAGCUGUGCACAAAGCAUCUAAUGGACAUUCACGAACCAAGAUGCUACCAGCUUCCAUCAAGACAGCUCGGAAGGGUAAAAGGGCAUCAGGACUGAGGAUAAAUGAUUAUGAUAACCAGUGUGAUGUCGUUUAUAUCAGUCAGCCAAUAACAGAAUGCCACUUUGAGAAUCAAAGAUCAAUAUUGUCUUCUCGGAAAACAGCUAGAAAGAGUACUCGAGGAUACUUUUUCAAUGGGGAUUGUUGUGAGCUGCCAACUGUUCGCACGCUGGCCAGAAAUUUACACUCCCAGGAGAAAGAAAGCUGCUCCACCCUGGUGUCAGAGGCAGUGGUCACUACCAAGCAGACGUCGGAGGCCGUGGUCACUCCCAAGCCGACGUCAGAGGCUGUGGUCACUCCCAAGCCGACGUCGGUGGCGGUGGUCACUCCCAAGCAGACGUCGGAGGCAGAGGUCACUCCCAAGCAGACGUCGGAGGCCAUGGUCACACCCAAGCAGACGUCGGAGGCCGUGGUCACUCCCAAGCAGACGUCGGAGGCGGUGGUCACUCCCAAGCAGACGUCGGAGGCCGUGGUCACACCCAAGCAGACGUCGGAGGCGGUGGUCACUCCCAAGCCGACGUCGGAGGCGGUGGUCACUCCCAAGCAGACGUCGGAGGCCGAGGUCACUCCCAAGCAGACGUCGGAGGCCGUGGUCACUCCCAAGCAGACGUCGGAGGCGGUGGUCACUCCCAAGCAGACGUCGGAGGCCGUGGUCACUCCCAAGCCGACGUCGGAGGCGGUGGUCACUCCCAAGCCGACGUCGGAGGCCGUGGUCACUCCCAAGCAGACGUCGGAGGCGGUGGUCACACCCAAGCAGACGUCGGAGGCCGUGGUUACACCCAAGCAGACGUCGGAGGCCGUGGUCACUCCCAAGCAGACGUCGGAGGCGGUGGACACUCCCAAGCAGACCCUUGUAAUUUCAGCCCCGAGACCUAUUGUAGAUGUGCAGCUUCCCAGAGAAGACAACACUGAAGAGCCUAGUAAAGAAAUAACCUCCCUCAAGGAAGGAGACAGAAAUGAUUCAUCUGGAAAGGAAUCUCAAGAGCCCGAGGUUUGCCCCACAGUGAAUAAACCCAAUCCAAGCAGCUCGCCAAGGUCAGAGGAAAUGACAGCCUCCGGCCUGCUGUGGCCUAUCCCUGCUUGCCUUCCUAAAGAGGACAUGCUCGAAGGCAACUCCAUGGUCUCAGUUCCUAUGGCAAGUGGGAUAUCUUCCCCUGAGCAAGACCAACAACCAGUUGAACUGCUGGAUACAAAGGAGAUGAAUGAACCUGAAGACUGUCACCUGGUUCCCUCUACUGAGAGCAUUUCUGAGGAAGGCAGUGAAGAUGUUGUUUCUAGGCCUUGUUCUUCUCCUGAAACAGUCUGUAGAGUGGAAAGUCCUCUGUGCUCAGAAAAUCAAAGUCCCCCAAUGCACUUGGAGCCUCCCGCGAGCCUGGGAAAGGCUGAGGAUGAACAAAGCAUCAGUACUGAGGCCGAAACUGAGGAUGUUCAGGAGCUAUAUACUGAGAGCAGCACUUUUACUAAGGAAAACCCCAGUCAAAGUGAGGAAAGUGAGACAGCAGGUGAUACAGGAAAAUCAGAGGAAGAGGGCAGUGAUAUAAAACAUCCUUCAGAAAAAGAUCUGUGUGAACAAAACAUUGACUCACCUGAGGAGAACUCCGACAAGAAGAAGAAAAGUAAAAAAUUCCCCGAGGCCUCUGACAGGUGCCUAAGAAGUCAACUUUCAGAUUCUUCCUCUGUUGACAAGGGCCUAAGGAAUCAAAGUUCAGGUUCUUCCUCUGUUUGUCCUGAAGUCAAGGUUUCUAAAAAUCCUGGUGCAAAACGUUCUAAAAAAGAAGGGUACCCUGGUGGGACAACCCCUGAGAGCUUCCUGACCGAGGGUCUCCAUCCAAAAGCUGUGGAGGACACCGAGAACCUGGAUGCUAAUGAAAAUCCCUCUGAGAAGGAUGCUGAGUGGGAGAAUGAAGGAGGUGGGAUCAUCACCAGGCAGACUUUUAAAAACAUGCUGGCGAAAGAGGUGCAAGGGGAAGAAGGAGGUAUUUUCCCCAGCAGCGAUCCUGCAACUAUAGUUGGCCAGCCCCUGCCUGGAGAGAGACUGGAAAUCUAUGUCCAGUCUAAGUUAGGUGAGAAAAAUGCUCAUGACCCCUUAGAAAGUGUCCCGUGUACUUUACCAGAGCAAUCAGAAGAGAACCGAGGACCUCCUCCUGCACAAGAUGUGGAGGAGGUUGUAAAUGAGGUGGACAGUGCAGACACCCAGCAUAAAGGUGAGCAUAGCAAUGUGCCAGCCAGUGCACUUGGAUUGUCAGUUAGUGGAGGUGGUGACACUGCUGGACCCCCAAAAUGGGCACCAAGGCUCACAAGACAGACCUCUUUGACCUACAACCUAAGACAUGCUCAUUCUCUGGACCCCUUGGAUACUACAAAAGUGACUUCAGAAAAGGAAGCAGCACAAGAAAACCCAGCACCAAAGGACGAUGAAGCUUCAGAGAGCAGAGAUUCCUUAGAAGAGGAUGAUGUGGAAGCAGUGGUUGAUGACCAGCCAAAGUUUGUGGAAUGGUGUGCUGAGGAGGAAAACCAGGAGCUGAUCGCCAACUUCAACGCCCAAUAUGUAAAAGUUCAGAAGGGCUGGAUCCAGUUGGAGAAAGAAGGCCAGCCAACACCAAGAGCAAGGAACAAGUCAGACAAACUGAAGGAGAUUUGGAAGAGCAAGAAAAGGUCACGGAAAUGCAGGGGUUCGUUGGAGGCUCAGAAGCUUUCUCCUGUUCAGAUGCUGUUUAUGACAAACUUUAAACUAUCUAAUGUUUGUAAAUGGUUCUUAGAGACAACUGAAACCCGGUCUCUGGUAAUCGUGAAGAAGCUCAAUACUCGUCUUCCAGGAGACACUCCCCCUGUCAAGCAUCCUCUUCAGAAAUACUCACCUUCCAGCCUGUACCCCAGUUCAGUACAGGCUGAACGCCUGAAAAAACACUUGAAGAAAUUUCCCGGAGCUACUCCUGCUAAGAACAACUGGAAAACACAGAAGCUUUGGGCUAAAUUUCGAGAGAAUCCUGACCAAGCAGAGCCAGAGAAUGGCAGUGACCUCAGCAUUGGCCCCGGUUCUGAAGACAACAAAGAGGAAGUCAAGGAAGGUAGAAAUAGCCAUCCUCCCACAAGCUCACCUACUCCAGCCAGUACCCGGAUCCUUAGAAAAUAUUCCAAUAUUCGAGGGAAGCUCAGAGCCCAGCAACGCUUGAUCAAGAAUGAAAGAAAGGAAAGCCCAGUCGGUCUGGCUGUGGAAGGUAAACAGACUUGUAAAAGUGUGUGCAUCAACCCUCUGAUGUCCCCCAAGUUUGCCCUGCAAGUGGAUGCAAAUGGGUUUCCCAUUAAGCCCAAGAGAACUGAAGGAAUGAAAGGGAAGAAAGGGAAGCAGACGCCUGAAAUCUUGCCGAAAACAGAAGUUCAGAAUAAACGCAAGAGGACCGAAGGUGGCAGCACUCAGGACAGGAAGGACAGGGGACCUGUGAUGAAAGCCAGCAAAGAAAAGAAUAUUGAUGGAGCCACCAAAACCCCUGCUGCCAAGAAACCAGCUGCAAGGGACAGGGUCAGCCAAAUGUCCAAAAAGAUAUCUUUGAAAGAGAAUAAAGUGAAGAAUCCUAAAAAGUCCUCUGGGAAGAACCGCCCUCCCUCCAGGAGAGAAAAAGAGAAUACAAACAAAAGACCUACCCAGCCCACUGCCUUGGAGACAGUGACAAAACCUGCAAAGCAAAAAGGGGCAGGUGAAUCCUCUUCAAGGCCACAGAAAACCGCAAACAGGAAGCCGAGCAGUGGAAAGGCUCGGGCCAGACCCUCGACGAAAACCCCAGAGAACAGUGCAGCCCAGAGGAAGCGAAAGCUGAAGGCAAAGCUGGACUCUUCCCACAGCAAGCGGAGGCGGCUGGAUGCAAAGUGAUCGAAGGGUGGUAGCCAAGAGUAAAACUGUUCUAUAGAAGUAACCCUUUAUUUUGCAUUAACUAAAUUCGCUUUUAUAAGCUUAUCAAGCCUUUCAAAUCUGCAGUUAAUGAAGACCACCACACUUUAGAUGUCAGAAAAUGCAUCUCAGAUGGAGAAGGGAACUUGCAGAGUCUUUCUCUGAGGCUGAGUAA